GUUCAUACCAUUCUUCCGCCAAGUACACAGUUAUAAAAAUUUGAUAUAGCGGAGAAAGUGACAAACUUUACGAUCAGCUGCCAUCCCUUUUGCCAUGUCGACUUCCGACUUCACAGAGGGCCUCGGAAUCGCGUUCCUUGGCAUUCUUCUGCUAUUUACCGCUUGGAGAAACAAUCAAUUACACGUCAAGUUUGAAUGGCCGAACAGUUCCACCUCUUCAACAGUUAUUUCGACGCUUCUGGUACUCGGUUGUGGCUAUUUCGCUAGAGAGAUUUUCAAUCCCGAUCCAAGCAACAUUUACAAGAUCAUUGGAGAGCCAUUCAGGAUACAUCCCCUUUUACUUCGAACUAAGCUUUACAAAUUUGAGGACCAGCUACUGAAGACAGUCGGCCUGUCAGCCGAGCAGACAUUUGAACGCAUAAUGGGCAAGGAUGGCAUGCAACUCAGUUAUGCUGCGCUAGGAAGCUUAGUGUUCACUCACCCUUACGCAGAGUCACUAUCUCAGCUCAGGAUCCCAAUGAUAUCUGCUCUUUCAAAGUCAUACGCAACAAUGGGCGUUCUGAUCUCAAUUGGAUAUACCAUGCCGAAUCGUGAAAUUUGGAAGAAGUGGGGUGUGAUUGCUCUUGUCGCUGUAGGGGUUAUACAGCUGUUCUGCUUGACCAACCUACAAUUCCUGAAUCUCGAAGGAAAUGAUACACUGCUGGAGUUUACAAACCGGUAUAAAGCGACAGCAUUCGUCACGAUUUUGACUGGAAUCAUCUUCAUAGGCGAGGCUAAGGCGCCGACGCAAAAUGAGAUAUUGCUACAAACUGUUCGCUUUCUCCAGGUAAUUCCAAGAAGCUUUCUUUUUGAUAAUGUAUCUCGAAUCUGGAUAGAUCGUCUGAGUGGUUCAUUAAUGCUUAUUUCUUUAACUUUGGGUUACGAUCUCUAGGAUACUGUCAACAUCCUCAAGAAUAACAACAACGUUCUCCAUACUACUCUUAAAAACGACAGAUUGAUGAGCAGAUACCAGCAUUAAUGGUGACUCCGUAGUUCUAUUCCCACAACUAAUUUUGAUGCAUUAUAUAAUAGAGAUUUGCUAAAGGAAUA